UCAUUGACGCUUCUUCUUCCUUCAUCUUGUCCAUCAAUUUGAUCCUCUCAUCUGCUGUUCUUGGCCCAUGGUGUGAGCUCAUUAAAGGAACUCUGAAAGCAACACUUUGCAGCCAGCCAACGGGAAGGCCUGUCGAGAAAACCUCACUUCAACAAACCCCUUGAAACCUACUCCCUUAUCGUCUUCUUCUUCUCCUUUGUAUUCUUUGGGUUUGCUUCAUUUCUUUCCUCAUCUCCUUCAAACUUCAACGCUCUCUUGUAUCUUGCUUUCUUCUUCUCUUCUCUUCUCUCCUUCAUUUGAAUCUGAGAUGGUUCUGCCUCGCCGGAAACCAUCGGUUCUCGCGUCGGAAACGUUCAACGUGAAGCACUCGGCUUGGUUUAGCAAUGGCCGGAAAAGGGGCAAGUACUCCGUCUUCGUCAUGGUCUUCUCGGUGUUCCUCGUCUUCACGUUCAUCUACAACGACGACGUCAAGUCGAUCGCCGAGUAUCGUCCUAGUGGCGGAGAUAAGUCUCCGGGCAUCACCCACGAAGAAUUCCCCAUAGCUGAGCCUAGCAGGAAGGACGACCGAGAAGUUAACGGCUUCCACCAAACAAAAGAAGCCAAGAGGAGCAUGGAGACCUCGGUGCAAGAACAGCGGAGUGCACCCGAAAGGGAAGACAUCGUGCGAGUGGUGGAGUCGCAGGUCAUAAGAGAAGAAGUGCAUGAAGAGACAAGGGAGGCGCCCGAGCCGAAGCCGAAACGGCGACGAGUGGUCCUCGACGUGCCGGAGAGCUGCGACCUGUUCACUGGCCGAUGGGUCUACGACGACGUGAGUUACCCCGUGUACAAGGAGCCGGAGUGCCAGUUCCUGACGGAGCAAGUGACGUGCAUGAGGAACGGCCGGCGGGACGACGGAUACCAGAAGUGGCGGUGGCAGCCUCGAGACUGUUCUCUGCCCCGAUUCGACGCGAGGGUGAUGCUGGAGAGGCUGCGGGGGAAGCGUCUCAUGUUCGUGGGUGACUCGCUGAACCGGAACCAGUGGGAGUCAAUGGUGUGCCUCGUCCAAUCCGUGGUUCCAUGGGACAAGAAGACCCUCACCAAGAACGGCUCGCUCAACGUGUUCCGCAUCGAGGAGUACAACGCCACCGUGGAGUUCUACUGGGCCCCAUUCCUGGUCGAGUCAAACUCCGACAACCCGAAGAUGCACAGCAUCCUCAACCGCAUCAUCAUGCCCAAGUCGAUCGCCAAGCACGGCAAGCACUGGAAGAACGUGGACUACCUCAUCUUCAACACCUACAUCUGGUGGCUGAACACCCCCACCAUGAAAGUCCUGCGUGGAUCCUUCGAUCAAGGAUCGACGGAGUACGAUGAGGUCGACCGGCCACUGGCGUACAGGAGAGUGUUGACCACAUGGUCGAAGUGGGUGCAGAAGAACGUAGAUCUCAACCGGACCAUGGUGUUCUUCAUGAGCAUGUCACCCAACCACAUCAGGAGCACGGACUGGGACGACCCCAAGGGGAUCAAGUGCGCGCUGGAGACGCAGCCGGUGGCGAACCUAUCCCACCCGCUCGACGUCGGCACCGACUGGCGGCUGUUCGUGGUGGCGGAGAACGUGAUCAAGAAGAUGAAAGUGCCAGUGACGUUCGUCAGGAUCACGGGGAUGUCGGAGUACCGCAAGGACGCGCACACUUCGGUGCACACCCUCCGGCAAGGGAAGCUGCUGACGGCGGAGCAGCAGGCCGAUCCCGCCACCUACGCUGACUGCAUCCACUGGUGUCUACCGGGACUGCCGGAUACCUGGAACGAGUUCCUCUACGCAAGGAUCGCCUCCCGGCCAUGGCGUGAUCACUAACAGCAGACUGCAACUACUCUGCAACAUUGUAUUUUUCUGUAAAUUUGCAAAAGAAAAGUACUUUUUUAUAGGGGGAACGAUUCUUAUGCAGUGUUA